GGGCGCGGCGGGCGGGCGGGGAGCGAGGGCGCGUGCGUCCGCGCGCACAGGCCGCGGAGGAGGGGCGGCGCGAGUCAUGGCCGGGGACAGCGAGCAGACCCUACAGAACCAGCAGCCCAACGGCGGCGAGCCCUUCCUGAUCGGCGUCAGCGGGGGCACGGCCAGCGGCAAGUCCUCUGUGUGUGCGAAGAUCGUGCAGCUGCUGGGGCAGAACGAGGUGGACUACCACCACAGGCAGGUGGUCAUCCUGAGCCAGGACAGCUUCUACCGUGUCCUCACCUCCGAGCAGAAGGCCAAGGCCCUGAAGGGCCAGUUCAACUUCGAUCACCCGGAUGCCUUUGACAAUGAACUCAUCUUCAAAACUCUCAAGGAGAUCACCGAGGGGAAAACCGUGCAGAUUCCCGUGUACGACUUUGUCUCCCAUUCCCGGAAGGAGGAGACGGUGACGGUCUACCCCGCGGACGUGGUGCUCUUCGAAGGCAUCCUGGCCUUCUACUCCCAGGAGGUGCGCGACCUGUUCCAGAUGAAGCUCUUCGUGGACACGGACGCGGACACCCGGCUCUCCCGCAGAGUGUUAAGAGACAUCAGCGAGCGGGGGCGGGACCUGGAGCAGAUCUUGUCCCAGUACAUCACCUUCGUCAAGCCCGCCUUCGAGGAGUUCUGCUUGCCGACAAAGAAAUACGCGGACGUGAUCAUUCCUAGAGGUGUAGACAAUCUAGUGGCCAUCAACCUCAUCGUGCAGCACAUCCAGGACAUUCUCAACGGAGGGCUGUCCAAGCGGCAGACCAACGGCUAUCUCAACGGCUACGCGCCCGCACGCAAGAGGCAGGCCUCCGAGUCCAGCAGCCGGCCGCACUGACCCGCGCCCCGGACCCUGCCCCGCUCCGGACAGGCGGCGGCAGGGGCGUGGCCGUCUGCACGUACGGUUUCCUAGGACUCCGCUUAUUUAAGAAACAACACGGAAAAGAAAUGCCUUUGAUCUUGAAAUGGAACUUGACCCUGAGCUUACACGACGAACUGUGCCAACUACUACUGGUGAUGCCUAAUCAUGCCAACCUGUACCAGUUACAAAUACACACACGUAUAUAAAAGGAUCUAUUUUUGUGUAAAUGUACAAAAUACUGUAAAGCUGUUUGCUGCUACGUGUCUUGCAGGAGGGCCCGCGUAGACGUGUGGGGCCUGGAGCUGGAGCUCCCCCGAGGCCAGGUGGCCCCGCGGCCAGGCGGGCGGGCUGGCACCUGUGAGGUGGGAGCAGGGGGGCUCGUGGCCCACGCUGAGCGCCUGCCGAACGCACUGCUUGGAGCUGCAGCUUACGGACAUGGCGAUGAGAGACUUUUUUUUUUCUUUUGAGUUGAAAUUAGGAAGACCUCACCCGGAAAAUCAAACUCAGGGAAGGGGCCCUUUGGAGAGAGCGCGUCUUCUGCGUCGUCCCAACGGCCCACCCUACGCCCACCCCUGGCUGCUCGGGUGGCGGCGUGACGACUCCCUCACUCCCCGUGACUCGGUCUCCAAAGCCAGAGCUGCCUGUCCCUCGUCCCUGGCAGGGAUCUGGCUCCCAGGGCGUCACGGACCAGACUCCCCAGGCUUUUCCCAGGGGCGCACAGCGGUCCCUUGCAGUCGGGGUGCUGAAGAGACUUCUGCUGGCAGAAGGCCAGCUGGCAGCCCCUCGCAGGGUGGCAGCAGAGCUCUGCCCACGCAGGGCACAGUAGCUCUGUCCCGGAGAUGGGGGGUUUGCAGGGAGAUGGGGUGGCACGCGCCUUGAGCAGCGUCAUCGCUGGCGGCAUCACAGAUGGGCUGCCUUUCGGGUGUGGCAGCGCCGGGCGUGGAGGGGAGACGGGAAAUGGUAUUUAGGUCCUAAGCUGGAGUCUUGGGAUGAAAGGCUCGGGGUGGAGAAUUCCAUCUUCCCCGGGGGCUUCCUCUUGGCGAAAAUGAGUAGCUUUCGAAGAAGCAGAUUCUUGGAGUCCGGCUGGCGGGGGUGCGAGAAGUGGGGGACAAGUUGAGGUCUGAUUAGAGUUCGCGCCCCGGCCUGUAACUGCCCGAGAGAGCCUCCCUUUCUCAGUUGCCACGCCCUCAGCUUGCCCCCCACAGCGGCUGCCCUGCCUGAGUGUUUUUGGGGAGCCCUGCCCUUCCCUUCCUGAUGCUGCCAAAGCUCACGGGAGCCAUUCAGGUACAUCUGCCAUGUGCCCUCGAGCACCAUUCAUGUUGACCCCCCUUUUCUGGACUCGGUUUGACUCUGUUUUGCUGUUUGAAACCUAAUCCCCAACAGAGCUCGCCGCCCCUGAGACCGGGGGAGACGUGUCACAGGCCGGAGGGUGCUCCUGACCCCGCAGCCGCCCGGUGGGCACGGGCUCCCGGGCUCCAGGCGGAGGUGCUGGUUGUCAGAAUCAGUGUUCAUCACCGUCCCGUCCUGCCUUGCCCGGCUCUGAGGGGAAGGGUGGCGGGCAGGCCUGGGUUCGGUCCUCCUGCCGCGGGGGCCUGUGCUCCGGGCGGCCCGCCCCCGCGCGGGAGCCGUGGCCUGUCCGUCAGCGGGUAGCGCCCUCACCUUUACUUGAAGCUCCCAGGUGCCAAACCAUUUAGUGCCUUGGCUGUGGUCCCCCUGCCUCGGAAGGUGGGCUUUCUCAUCUCGGCCUUGACUACGUAGCGGCCUCCUCGUCCACCCGUGGCGUGGGGGCCAAGCCGCUGUGGCCGAGCGGCCCGGUCCAGGCUGGGAAGCAGCGCCAAGGCUGCCCUGCCUCCCGGGGAAACCAGCUCCAGUUCUCAGUGGCUCCGCACGGGGCGCUGGGCCACUCUCGCUGGCGGUGCCGAGGAUGGCCCGGUUCUGGGAGCCCUGUGCCCUGGGCCAGGAAAGGGGGAGCCCUGCCGAGCCCAGCAUUUAGCCGCUGAGGCUGAACGUGAGCUUCUGUAGGACGAAUCCUGGACUGGCAUUCGAGAGCCGCGGGGUCUCGGAUCGCCUGGAGAGUCAUUAGGCCACGAGCACGUCAUCUGGUAUCUGCCCUCCGGGCUGGCAGCCGCGAGCAGUGGGUGAUGCUGGUCAUGCCCACGGGAGUCUGGCUUCAGAGCCCCACGGUGCCUGCUUCUCCCUCUGCACAUCCUCCCACGCGUUGUCCGCAGACCAGGGCGCGGGAAACUGGCGUGAAGCCUCGGCCGCCCGCGGGGAGGCCUGGCCCCGCACCCCCUCAGGCUCCCGGAGCUGCUGCGGCCUCGUCCCUGGGCAGCCCGGCCAGCGGGAGCAGAGGUGGGGAGGUGUGAGGAAGCGCAGGUGCUGACCUCGGUGUCCUGCUGGGAGUGGGUUGC